AUGCUUUUCUACUCAUUUUUCAAAACGCUCGUCGGUAAAGAAGUGGUAGUUGAGCUGAAAAACGACGUGUGCUUGCAUGGGACCCUUCACUCGGUGGACCAAUAUCUGAACAUGACCCUUCACGACACUCAAGUCACCGAUCCAGACCGAUUUCCUCAUCUGAUCGCCGUGAAGAAUGCUUUCAUUCGUGGAUCUGUCGUUCGAUAUGUGCAACUGCCUGAGGACCAAGUGGACACCGAAUUGCUAGCCGACGCGAGCCGAAAAGAAUUGCUUACGUCGAAAAAA